GGAAGAGAUGUCAGGAGAAAGCGUGGUGAGCUCAGCGGUGCCAGCAGCGGCCACUCGCACCACCUCCUUCAAAGGGACCAGCCCCAGCUCCAAGUAUGUCAAGCUGAACAUCGGGGGGGCCCUGUACUACACCACCAUGCAGACACUGACCAAGCAGGACACCAUGCUCAAGGCCAUGUUCAGUGGCAGGAUGGAGGUGCUGACGGACAGUGAAGGCUGGAUCCUGAUCGACCGCUGUGGGAAGCACUUUGGGACCAUCCUGAACUACCUGCGGGACGGGGCUGUGCCGCUCCCUGAGAGCCGCAGGGAGAUCGAGGAGCUGCUGGCUGAAGCAAAGUACUACCUGGUGCAGGGGCUGGUGGACGAGUGCCAGGCAGCCUUGCAGAACAAAGAUGCAUACGAGCCCUUCUGCAAGGUGCCAGUCAUCACCUCUUCCAAAGAGGAGCAGAAACUUAUUGCCACUUCCAACAAGCCAGCAGUGAAGUUGCUGUAUAACAGAAGCAACAACAAAUAUUCCUACACCAGCAACUCUGAUGACAACAUGCUGAAGAACAUCGAGCUCUUUGACAAGCUGUCCCUGAGGUUCAAUGGCAGAGUGCUCUUCAUCAAAGAUGUGAUUGGGGACGAGAUCUGCUGCUGGUCCUUCUACGGGCAGGGGCGGAAGAUCGCCGAGGUCUGCUGCACCUCCAUUGUUUAUGCUACUGAGAAGAAGCAGACAAAGGUGGAGUUCCCAGAAGCCCGCAUCUAUGAGGAGACACUGAACAUCCUGCUGUACGAGUCCCAGGAUGGGAGGGGACCUGACAACGCGCUCCUGGAGGCCACUGGAGGGGCAGCAGGUCGGUCCCACCACCUGGAGGAGGACGAGGAGCGGGAGCGCAUCGAGCGCGUGCGCAGGAUCCACAUCAAGCGCCCGGAUGACAGAGCCCACCUGCACCAGUGA